GCUUCAACAUCCGAGAAGAAGGAGUCCUCCCCGGCAGUGCUGAGCUAACUGAUGACAGCAUUGCUACAAAGAUAAUAAGCAGAUAUUACCAGCUCCUGCAGAUUUCUGAGAGAUGCUGACCUCAUCCUAACAGGGACCGGAUCAGCUGAUGCAGGACGGCCGGACACAAAUCAGAGCGAUCAUGGCGGGCCGGCAGCAGAGAGCUGCAGCGGCUGCAGACGGUUCCUCAGAGGCCAGGAGGACGGACAUCAGGGCCACUGAGAAGAAGUGCUCCUGGGCCUCCUACAUGACCAAUUCUCCGACUGUGAUAGUGAUGAUUGGGUUGCCCGCUAGAGGGAAAACCUACAUGGGUAAGAAGCUGACGCGCUACCUCAACUGGAUCGGAGUGCCAACUAAGGUAUUUAACCUUGGGGUUUAUAGGAGAGAAGCAGUGCAGUCAUACAAAUCCUUUGACUUCUUCAGACAUGACAACAAAGAAGCAAUGGAAAUCAGAAAACGGUGUGCUUUGGUGGCACUGGAGGAUGUGAAGGCCUAUCUGAACGAGGAGGGAGGCCAGAUCGCUGUUUUUGACGCCACCAACACCACGAGAGAGAGGAGGGAUCUCAUCCUUAAUUUUGCAAAGGAUAAUUCAUACAAGGUGUUUUUCGUUGAAUCAAUAUGUGACGAUCCAGAUGUUAUCGCCACUAAUAUCCUGGAUGUGAAGGUUUCCAGCCCCGAUUACCCCGAGAGAGACAGAGAGAGUGUGAUGGAGGAUUUUCUGAAGAGGAUAGAGUGUUAUAAAGUGACAUACCAACCUUUAGAUCCGGACGAACACGACAAGAACCGCUCCUUCAUCCAGGUCAUCAAUGUGGGCCGUCGUUUCCUGGUCAACAGGGUGCAGGACUACAUCCAGAGUAAAAUAGUUUACUACCUCAUGAACAUCCGCGUGCACUCCCACUCCAUCUACCUGUGUCGGCACGGAGAGAGCCAUCACAACAUGGAGGGACGCAUCGGGGGGGAUUCUGAGCUGUCAGAGAGAGGGAAGGAGUUUUCAGCAGCACUGAAGGGUUUUGUGGAGGAGCACCGUCUGUCCGACCUGAAGGUUUGGACGAGUCAGCUGAGACGCACCAUCCAGACGGCCGAGGAGCUGGGAGUGCCCUACGAGCAGUGGAAGAUCCUCAAUGAGAUAGAUGCUGGAGUGUGUGAAGAAAUGUCCUAUGAAAUGAUUGAGGAAACGUACCCAGAGGAGUUCGCCAUGAGGGAUCAGGACAAGUACCAUUACCGCUACCCUGGAGGAGAAUCCUACCAGGAUCUGGUUCAGCGGCUGGAGCCCGUCAUCAUGGAGCUGGAGCGGCAGGGCAACGUGCUCGUCAUCUGUCAUCAGGCCGUCAUGAGAUGCCUGCUCGCUUACUUCUUGGACAAAAGCGCAGAUGAUCUUCCCUACUUGAAGUGUCCCCUGCACACCGUUCUGAAACUCACCCCUGUGGCUUAUGGUUGUAAAGUGGACAUGUUUGACCUGAAGGUGGAGGCUGUCAACACCCACCGGGACAGACCAUUAAAUAAAGUCUCAGCAAAUACGAUGCCGCCCGCUUUCCUCCGGAGGAACAGCUUCACCCCGUUGUCCAGCCAAGACCAGCUCAAACGGCCCCGUCUGUACAGCGUGGGCAACCCCCCGCAGGCCCGCAAGACCCAGGCCCCCACCUUACCCAGCAUGCAGUUCUCUGAGGCAUCCGAGGGGGCAGAGCUGCUACAAAGUGUAGACCCUGUAAACGGCUUGAGUACAGCAGACACAGACAACUGUGUUGGGAGUUAAAGAAGCCAAAAGAGGCUUUUCUCCACAUGGAUGUAGUAUCUCCACGACCAGCAGUAAAACCUCCACCAGCUUCAGCCAUUACAUUCUUAAACAAUGUAUUUCACCAUAUCAGUGUAACGCUAUAUGUGUUAUCUCUUUGUUUUUUGUUUGAAAGGUUAUGUGCUUGUUAGUGAUUGUACACAUAGACAUGAUAUUGAUGCCUUUGCACAGAAGCCUUCAAAUCUAUGCUGUGAUCCAGCUCAGAUGAAUAAUGAUGUAAAGAUUUGUAGUAAGAAAUACUCAAAAAACCCGUCCUAGUUUCUGGCACACUCCAGUCUUUUUUUCUGUAUUAGAUGUAGAACGUGUUGAUUGUGAAUUGCAUACCUCAAUGGAAGAUACUACCUUUUAGUUAUGGUGUUAGACAGUUCUCCGCUUGAAGGAAACCAUAUACAGCCUCUUAGUUUCUUCUCAGAUUAUUUCUUUUUAAACAUUCCCUGGUUGUGUGCGUCCUUCCUCAGGUGCAGGUUCUGGCUAGAUGUAGUCAUGAUUUUAUAUUUAGUGUAAUAUAAAGCUUUAAGGCUUGUGGUGGGCAGAACCAAGCUGUGAAAUGUAAUGAAAUGUUUCAUCUAGCCCUAUAAAACGUCCUUUCUUCCUGUCUGACACAUUUUCCACUUCUCUCUUCAGUAAUGCCUACCUGUGUGUUUUGCCUCCUGCUCGGAUAACAGCUUUAAUAUACAGCACGGUUCACUGUGAUAACGUAAAGCUGACAACAUUUGAACUCCAUAAAAUGUAUGCCAAUAUUUUAAACACAGAGUGCUCAUAGUUAUACGCAAAUAAGUUGUGUAAUUCCUGAUCAAAUAAAAGUACUUUUUGUUAAUUAAUAGCUUUUAAGUAACCAUAUGGAUAAUCUCUAUUCACAUGACUUUGAUUUUAAUGUGGGCAAUUGAUUGGUAUUUGGACUACUAGGCUGUGACAAUAGCAAAGUUAUUUCAACAUUUAUAGUAUGAUUUACAAGACUAUGUUUCACCUGAAUUGAAGGAUUGACAAUAUAUUUGCAUGUCUUAAAGUGCUCUGGUGUUAUAGCACAUUGUGGCGUACAUGUUUCAUUUAUUAAAGUUAAUUUAAAUGCCAUUUUUACAUUGAGUUCAGUUAUUUUUCUGAUUAUGUUAUGAUUAUUUUGACCAGAAAAUAAUUGUAGGUUUAUGAAGAAGAAAUUUUAAUUAAUGUGAUUUUCAUCUGAAAUGUGACCUCCCAGAGUGAGUCAUAAGGGAAACCAAAGUGGAAAGGGACAAAUUAUCCGUUGUUAUUUUCCUGCUCUGACGACUGAAAUAAUCCUUGAAUGAGUCAAGUCAGAUAAAAAGCUCUGAUUAUUUUACAUGGUGAUUACAGACAUUAAACAAAAAAUAGCCCUUGA